UCUGUCACAGAAGAUACAAGAGCAGAUGACUAACCCUACAGAAGAGUACUCUGAGAAGAUUAUGGACUGGUUUGUCAAGAUCUGCAUGGCCCUGAAGCAUGUACAUGACCAGGGCCUUCUUCACAGAGAACUGAGACCCCAGAACAUACUUCUCACAGAAUUUGAAACACUUCGUUUGGGAGCGUUUGGAAGUGCCAACGAAAAGACUACCAACGAGGACGGAAUAGUGGGUUAUUUAGGCCCAGAGAUUCUAACUGGUGGAAUCUAUGACACCAAAAGUGAUAUUUGGUCCUUGGGAUGUGUGCUGUAUGAGUUGUGUAUGCUUCAGGGUGCAUUCACUGCAGUGAACACAACGGACCUCAUUAAAAAAAUAUUGAGGGGUUCUUACCCAUCUCUACCAGAGAGCUUCUCACCGGAGCUCAGCGACCUCUUGAGUGACAUCUUCCAACAAGACCCGACCACUAGGCCUUCAGCUGGUGAAAUCAUGGCAAAACCCUUCAUUAUCAGUUUCCUCAAAAAAAAGAGUGAGAAAACUGUGGAGGAACUCCAGACAACCUUGGACAAGCUGAGAACUCUGGCAGGUGGCUUGGAGAGUAUUCACAAAGGCACCACCAUAGGCAGUCUGACGGGAGGUGUUAUUGGGGCAGCUGGAGGAAUCACCUCUUUAGUCGGGCUCAUCAUGGCUCCCUUCACUUUGGGCGCCUCCCUCAUCGUCACUGGGGUGGGUAUUGGGAUUGCUGUCACUGGUGGAGCCACAGCAGGAGUAUCCAACAUCACCAACAUGGUCAAUCAGUCCACCGACCGCCUAGCCAUCAAGAACAUCAUCAAGGAGUUCCAGGAGAAGAUGAACUCUGUGGUGACAUCUCUACAAGACAUUGCUGAGGGUUUGGAGACACUCAUGAAAAGUAGCUCUUCUAAGACAGAAAGUGCUGGUUUAAAUGUAGAGGCCGCUGCUAGUGCUGGGGUGAGGGUUGGGAAAGGCGUUGCGGGCGCCACAGAGCUCUUCCGAUGUCUCCGGGUAGCCAAUAUUGGCAAGGUGGCAGCCCAAACUGCCAGGGCAGUGCGUGUGGCAGAGGUGGCGACAGGAAUAUUUUCCGCUUUUUUUGUAGCGGUUGAUAUCUUCUUCAUCGCCAUGGAUGCCAAAGAGAUCCACAACAUCCGACAUGCGAAGGCAAAUGAUACCAAUAAGUUAAACGUGAUGGACACAGACUCCACCACUGAGCUGACCACUGGAUGUGAAGAACCAAAGGCUGAGGUCAAGUCAGAGACCAUGAAGUUCAUCCAGACGAUCAGACAGACAGCUGAACAGCUACAGGAGAGCCUGGACGAAYUGAGKGAYGUCAUCWMGUKCAUUSCUAASAURGAGGACUGUUACUUAGACGACUGA